CUGUUUUGAGCUCUUUACCCAGUAAACCCUGGUACGCCCCCAGCCCUAGUUUCUGGGAAUACACACUGCACCUAGGUCUUUAAUAUUUAGAACGGACGCACAUCAAAUAUAAAGCCCGGCUUCCAUGUGUUUGUUGUUACUGGAGUGCACACAGUGUCGAAAUAGGCACCAUCUACCCAACUAAGAAGCCUAGGGAUCAGGUUCUGGUUAGUUAUUACAGAACUGAGGAAGGGUUUCGUCACGUAUUCCGGAGAUCUUGUGCUGACUUCAACAAAAUAUUGUGAAUUGAACAGGUGGAUAUUGACUAGUCUACAAUUUGAGUGGUGUUUAUUUCGAAAAUGAAACAUGAGUUCCUCAGCACAGAAAGCAAAGAAGACGUUCCCAGGUUUCAGUGACAAAGCAUACCCGGAUGUGUUCAACAUUAACGCUAUGCCUGAACAGCCAAAGGAGCUCAAUCCAGGUCAAUUGUCACAGGAAAAGAUCAGACAGUUUUUCGAGAAGGGCUACCUCAUCGUCCCUGAGUUCUUCAAGAAAGAGGAACUGGACGCGUGCCGUAAAGAUAUCGAGAAACUGGUGGAGGACCUGGCCCAGUGGCUCUACAAGGCGGGGAAGAUCAAAGAUCUACACACGGACAAGGGUCUCUUUCAGAGACUGACUUACCUUGAAAAUGAAUUCCCAGGAAGUAAUAUCAUUCUCCAUAAACAGGGGAAGCUUGCUCAGAGCUUCCGGGACUUGUGGUCCAAUGAGCGCUUGUUGAAUGUGCUGGAGCAGCUGAUUGGUCCAGAGAUCGUAGGCCAUCCGGUGUGGAACCUCCGGACCAAGACACCGCAAAACGAGGAGACCACCGUGCCUUGGCAUCAGGACAGCGCCUACCUAGACAACGACUCGUACAGUGUCCUUCAGCCUACUGCCUGGAUCCCUCUGUUGGACGCUAAUGAGAACAACGGCUGCAUGGAGGUGGUGUCUGGCGGUCACCUGACGGGCAAGAUAGCCAGACACACCUGCUGCUGGGGCAACACCUGGUAUUUGGAGCUCAGUGAAAAGGACAUCGACGACUCUCUGGAGGUGACUGUGGCCAAGGACAAGGUGCUGUGUGAAGUGCCCUAUGGAGGAAUGUUGCUCAUCAACAACCUCAUACCUCACAGAAGUUUAAACAACCUCUCCAAUGACAUCCGCUGGAGUCUGGACCUAAGAUGGCAGCGAGCAGAUAAACCUGUGGGCUAUUAUGGAAUCCAACAGGGCGUGAUGAUGAGGUCGAAGAAAAACCCUGUGACAGAAAUUGACUGGGAUGGCUUCACCAGUGUCGAACGACACGCAAAAGUUGAUGAAGGCCUGAAA